GUUCAGUUCAUUGGGAUCGCUGGGGACGACGACGACGACUACGACUACGACGGUUGCACGGUUCUCGGUUUUUGAAUUCGCAAUUUUGUUUCGGUUUUCGGCUUUUGGGUGUUCGGGUGCUUUGGUGCUUCGGGGCUUCGGGCGGUUGUCAUUGUUGGGAGAAGACCCUCUCCCAAGUAAAAUUCAUGUUAAUGAAUGUUAAUUUAUACAUUUGUAAGAAUCUAAAAUCUGUUUUUCCAUACACAACAAUUAUUGACUGGCUGCCGUGGCCGCUGGCACUGGCGCUGCUCCCCAAAUUCGAAUUUGGAAACAGUCGCGCCUGAAACGCCGCCGUGAUCGCGCACUGCACUGCUCAGCUCUGCUCUCUCUAGAACAUUAGUUCCGUUACCCCCCCUCCCUCCCCCUCGAAAAAGGAAAGGAAUAGAAAGGCAAUGGAUCCCGAGUUUGUGAACAAAUAUAACCAGGUGCUCAGUCGGUUGAAGCUCAUCGAGAACUUCGAUGGCAGCGAUCCUGGGAAGCUGCCGCCGUUCCUGCAGCGGAUCGAGGCCCUGAUGCCGGCCAUCAACAGCUUCGACGACUACUACAAGGCACAGCUGAUAGGACACAUCAAGAACAAGUGCACUGAUCGGGCCAGGGAGGCGGUCUUCACGCGACAGAUGAGUGCCCCGGCGGCCAAUGGAAAUGGGAAUGGUCAUGCCAAUGGACACCUGCUGAAGGCCGAGUCCUGGCUGAAGCUCAAGGAUCAGCUGCUGUACAACUACGCGGAGCGGGAGUCCAGCUACUCGCUGAUCCACAAGAUCCGCAGCGCGGUGCUGGACUCGAACAUAGAGCUGUACUACCAGAAAAUGGCUAAGCUGAAGCAUCGACUAAUCAACCGGAAGCUCACCCACAACGACACCCUGUACGCGCUCGAGGACAUCGAGCGGAUCACGCUGCAGGUCUUCCGCGACCACCUGCCCGAGCCCACACACUCGAUGAUUCUGCGGCGCAACCCCAAGAGCAUGGAGGAGGCCUACCGCUACAUCGUGGAGGUGCAGCAGCAGUUCUACACCCAGAGCGGCUCCCUCGGGAGCGAUCAACAGGCGGCCACCUUCAGCACCAGCCACAAGCAGCACCACCACACCUACGGCGUCGGUAUGGGCGGCGUGGGCGUCAGCACCGUGGGUCUGGGCGUCGGGAUGGGUGCAGUGGGUCUGGGCAUGUCCUCGGCGGGCUACGGCCGCCAGAUGUCGGACAAGGGCAACAGCCAGAACGCUAGCUCCAGGAGCUACUAUAACCAGGCGGCGCCCGCCGUGGGAGCGGGUAAGACGAGUCCCAUGUUCAAGAGCCUCGGAAAUCCCACAUUCAAAUCCAGCUUCAGCUACAACGGCACCAGCAGCGGCAGCAUGGCCGGAACGGGUGGCAUGGGCUACUCCAAUACGAAGAAGGAUGUGAAGGCAAACUAUCAGCAGCAGAAGAAUCAGAACCAGAACCAGAAGAGCUCCAUGAAGACCUCCAGCAUGGGUUCCGGCAGCAGCUGGCGGAAGUAGAAGAGAAGCCCCACGAAGGAUUCACCCCACAAACCGAUCCCGAAUCUGGUUUAAAGCUCAAGGGGAGGGCGAUGGGAGAAGGGCAAUGAUGAUGAUGAUGAUGAUGAUGAUGAUGAUGAUGAUGAUGAUGAUGAUGAUGAUGAUGGGCUAAUGAGCUAAGCGGAGCGCAUGAUCUAAUCUCUUGGGCCUGUGACUAAGCCAAGGCUUGGAGAUUGGAUCGAUGUCGAGUGCAUGCCUCAUGCUAAUUACCCCCCAACCCCAGCCCCAGCCCCAGCCCCAACCGCAGCAGCAAAGCAGUGUGUCUAAUAGUUAGUUCAAUCGAUGAUGAUGAUGAUGAUGAUACGGAUGAUGUGGAUGUGGAUGUGAUUGUGGAUGCAGAUGACGACGAAUCGAUACGAUGCGAUGACCGUGCCGACAUGUUAAUUAUUAUCUCAUAAGACUCAAAGUGUACAUAGCCCCCAACCGAACAUUCCCCACCCCACCCCAUCUCCCAUAACCAAACCCACCUACAACCCCGAAAUAUAUUUUAUGUUUUGUUUUUUGUUUACCAAUAAAGUGUAAAGUCUAA